AUGCUGUUCCUCGCGCAGAUCAUCUUCGAUUUCCGGUUCCUGGCUCUCCUCGCCGUCGCCGGAUCGCUGGCGGGCUCCCUCCUCUGCUUCCUCAAUGGAUGUGUGUACAUAAAAGAGGCGUACUGCGUCUACUGGACGAGCUGCGCCAAAGGUGUACAUACAGGGCAGAUGGUCCUCAAGGUCGUCGAGGCCAUUGAUGUGUAUCUUGCUGGAACUGUCAUGCUGAUCUUCGGGAUGGGCCUCUACGGGCUGUUCAUCAGCAACGCGUCCAACGAUUUACCCUCCGGAUCCGACCGGGCUCUGCAGGGAUCGUCGCUGUUUGGGAUGUUCGCUCUCAAGGAGAGGCCGAAGUGGAUGAAGAUCACGUCGCUGGACGAGCUCAAGACGAAGGUGGGGCACGUCAUCGUGAUGAUCCUGCUGGUGAAGAUGUUCGAGCGGAGCAAGAUGGUGAAGAUCACCACGGGGCUGGACCUCCUCAGCUACUCGGUCUGCAUCUUCCUCUCCUCGGCCUCCCUCUACAUCCUGCACAACCUCCACCGGCCCGAGCACGAGGAGUCGGUCAUGCCCCACUUGUAG